UUAAGCUCAACAGCACUGUGGCUCUUUGUCAGCCUGGCUACAGCGCUGAAAAGAAAUUAAAGAGAAAAAAUAUCUAUUUUCUUCCUAAAAUAUAUCAGUUUAGUUUCAUCUCAGUGUCUAACAGAUGUUUGUAUAGUGGUCGUGACACUUGUAACGUUACAGUUGGACUGUGACACAUUUCAGCUCAGGUUUUCAUAGUCCCACCCAGUUCACCACACACUGACUUGCAGAGAACAGAGGAAAUGAGCCGAGCAAAAACCUCCUGGCACACAAGAGCAGCUCAUUAUAGCUGACAUGAAAUACGUAUAGACUUCCUGUGUAUACAAAUUCAGAUAUCUGAAUUAAGCUUUUCUAGAGACAUUUGAGAAGAAGGAAAAUUGAGACAACAUGGGAGCCUCUUCUUCUGGCCUGUUGGAUGAGGCUAAAAUCAGCCACAUUAAAGGACUUGUUGACAGCACACUCCAGAGCUACAGUGAGUUUUACACUCGGCAGUACUCGGCAGCCUACUUCGGACACUUAUACCAGGAGAUGGAGCCUAAGAAAGAGGGGACGGGCCUGUUGCUUACACACAGGUCUCAGUAUGAUCCAGAGGAGAUACUGUACCAAGGGAAUGUUAAGGUCUCCUGCUCGGAUGAGCAGGGAAAGAAAUGCAGAGAGCGAUACACUGUUCUGAGAAGAAACUACAAAGUGGAGUUACAUGACAACAUGGAGAAUUUCAAUCGUGGAUGUGCAGCUAAGUUAGUCCUCCAGCCAGCUGGGGGCAGUGUUCUGACCACAGAGGAGGAGUCCAGAGCUCACCAGGAGCAAACCUGUGCUGGAAUGCUCAAUGGAGUGAAGGAUGACUCUUCUUCAGUGGUAUCAUCUCCAGAUGUUUUUGCUGUGUAUCUGCACCUGCCUUACACAGGCCAUACCUGCUUCCUGUUCCAACAAGAAAGGGAACGAGACCGAUUCCUAUCUGCCCUUGAGACCUGCAUUAGACAUCAGAACCUUGACCCCUGGUGUAAUUCAUCCUAUGAGAGCCAGGCAUACAUUCGAGCCCUUCAACUCUAUCGACAGGACAAAGGAUGCUAUGAAUCCUGGGAAAUGAUGCUGGGAACGGAGGAACAAGUGCUGGCCUGCCAGGUGAUGGAGGAAGUGCUGCCAUGGUUACAGAGUCAGCUUCAGUCCAGAGUGAAGGGCAAGAAGACUGAAAGGAUACGACAGUGGUUGGCAACGGUGCAGGGAACCUACACGUUGGUGCUGGAGCAGAUUACAGCAAGUCUUGAGGCUUUAAGGGAGAAAUGUCGUCAGACAGCAUCAGCCAAUCAGGCGCUCAUCAGAUCCAACCUGGACCAGAUAAUGUGCUCUCAUCGCUUCCUGGAGGAAAAAGUCAGAGUGUGUAUAUGUGAAGAAGCAGAGAAAGUGUGCAGUGAGAUUGUAGUACCCUACAUGUCCUCCAUCCUUGAAGCACUUACAGAAAACAUAAGCGCAGGGAUUCAGAGGAUGCGGCAGACACUGCACACACAGAUGGACUCAGCUUUGACACACACAGAUGAAGGGACAGAGGAGACAAAGAAGGCCUUGUCCACUCUAUGCGCUACCAAUCUGGAUCAGUGCUACAGGCAGGUGAAGAACCUGACAGAGAAACUUGAAAGCUUAAAACAGCGGUUUGGACUGAGCAGUGCUCAGAGACUGGUUGACUCUGCACAGCUGGAGAUGGAGCAGCUGUUGGACAGUGCUGUGUACACCUUAGAGCUGUUCCUCCAAUCAUCAGCCAGACUACAGCCUUCUCAGGUCCCUGUCAAGAUGGAGAGAGCUAAAGAAAGAGUCCUGAAGCAGCUGGACUAUGACAGCAGAGUUGUCCAGAGGAGGCUCUAUCAGGAGGCCCUGCUGGAGAUCACUCUGCCAGCUCUCACCAGGAGCAUGGACAGCAAGUGGAAAACUGAGCUGCAGCAGUUUGAACAGUACAUUUUCUCUGACUACAGCAGUUUUAUCCUGGUUCAUAAUGUCUAUGACGAUGUACUGAGAAACAUCCUGAGUAAAAAGAUAGAGACAGUGGUCCAGGAAGCUGCCAGCAGGAAGAGCAACAAUCUCUUACUGGACACUUCAGAACUGGCCAUUAGUCAGUGCAGUCUGCUGGGACACACACCCCCACGCUCUCCACCAGCCAGCCCAGCUACUCGCACUCAAGAUUCCUCCUCAGUCAUGCCCAGUGAAGAGAAAGAAUCUGUUCCGGUGGUGGAGGAGGGAGGUCCUCAGACUGACCCAGAACUUAACGCUGAUGCUAAAUCUGAUUCCAGUACCGCUCCAAGUUCUGACAAAAGUACAGUGCUUCUGUCUCCUGUGAUUGCUGUGACACAACAGGUUCAUGAAUUAUCAAGGGAGGAGAUUUCUUGCUCCAAUGGGACCUCUGAAGAAGUUCAGCUUGCACCUGAAACAGCUUCAAUGAGCGACUCAGCCACAGCUGAAUCUAUCCCAGAACCUGAAAAUCCUGUUCCAGACUCUCAUGACUCUUCAGCAUCCACUUUGUCCUCACUGCCGUUCACAGAUGGCCCAGCUAAAUGUGCUCAAAGUGACCAACCUGCAGCACCAGAAACUUCUGCUUCCUCACAUCAAAUAUCUGAGGCUGCUCCUUCUGUCCAGCCCUCCUGCCCUUCCCCAACACAGCCAACAGAUAGUGCAGUGACAAUCAGCCUUGGUUCACUAAGUGAGGUGGUUAGUUGCAACUCCACAGCACAGCAGAUGAUGGCACAGACCACUGACCAGGCCAUCUACUUGACAGAAGAAAUGAAAGACAACGGGGAAAUGGAGAGGGCAGAAGAUGAACAGAAAGAGGCAGCAGAAGAGGUGAGUGAGGGGAAGCUGGAUGAUGAAGAAAAAGGUGAUGAGCUUGAGAAAAGAAAAGCAGAUGAUGAGGAUGAAGCAGAGGGGAAUGGAGAUCAUGCAGAAAACAAAAAACAGGAAGGGAAAGUGGAGGAGGAGCUUCUCCAAAGCCAUGAGGUGGUGGAGUCCCAGCCAGAGAGUUGUGUGGAGCUGCCACCGGGCAGUGUGGCUUUCAUCAGGGAGCUUGUAACAGAAAUCACUGAAGUGGAGAUAGUGGUCAGCUCCCAUCCUAACAGUAGUGACACAGCCUGACACGCUACCAUGACAACUGCAGAUACAAUGAACCCACAUCUACUUCACAAUUUCUUAUUAAACAGAACAAAGAAUAAGAAGGUGACACAGAGGAAUGAGAACAAAGAAGGUUCAACCCAUUUCGGUAUUACUGCAUUACAUUUUAUAUGAUCACAUUAUGAAAAUGACAACAAAUCCACAUUUUGUAUUAAGAUAAGUUUUUAAACAAGAGACUUUUUUACUUUUGCUGUUAACAUCUCCUGUGCUGUUCUGUUUAUACUGAAAUGAAUUAAAUAGCCCAAUAAAGACAUUAAAACUGA